AUGGCAGACUCCACAAAAUUCCACUCCACUCUUAAUGUUUCCAACGUGAAAAGUCUCAUCACCAUCACGUUGGACAUGGAAACUGCUCAAUACCAUUCGUGGGCAACCCUCUUCAAGGUGCAAGCCAAGGUGCAUCAGUGGAUAUACGGCACUGUUUCCCAUGACAUCCUUCAAUCCAUUCUCGUUCUUGAUGAUGUUGCUGCGGAUGCCUGGAAACGGGUUGAACAAAUUUUCUUGGAUAAUCAGAAUGCACGGGAUGCAUACCUAGAGACCAAGUUCACCACCACCACCUCAGCCCAAUUCACGUCCGUAAUCGAAUAUUACACUCGACUCAAGUCCCUUGCAGAUCAGUUGGGUCAUGUUGGAGCACCGGUAUCGGACACAAGGUUGGUUUUACGUCUGCUCGCAGGUCUGCCGGCCUCUUAUAAACACUUUGUCACCACCAUUCAACAGAAGUCAGUGCUUCCCAAGUUUUCCGAAGCCUGCUCCCGUCUCAAACUUGGAAUCUCCACCAAUGAUGAAAGGGAUGAGCGUGACGCUGACUCUUCAGCUCUUGUUUCGGUUGAUGAUGCCCCCUCUCACUCUCCACCACCACCACCGAGCCACAAUAACCACCACUCCCAUGGGCGGCACAAUAACAAUGGGAAUUAUCGUGGCAAAAAUAAUGGCAAAGGUAAUAACAACAACAGGGGCAAAAACAACAAUAACAACAACCGCGGUAAGGGUGGCCGCGGCGGCCAAAACUCUGGUGGCCAACAACCGGUCCAACAGUAG